AACACAGGGAGUACUGUAUGAUUUACUUUUUUAAAAGAAAGAAAAUACCUAACCCUAGAAAAGGAAAUUGAGUCUGUUUCAUCUCAUGUGUUCUCCAUGAAAUGGGAAAUGGAGGGCGAGGAAGAGAAAGAGCUUGAAGCGGUGCUGGAGAAAAUAUGGGAUUUGCACGAUAAGCUCAGCGACGCCAUCCAUUCCAUCUCUCGUGCUCACUUUCUGAGCUCCAUCAACAAGCCUCGCAAACCAGACGAUUUAUACAUCCACCACCGUUCUAAAAAGGGAACCGAGCCGGACUCCGACCACACCGCUGCAUGGAAGAAAGGUAAACCGCCUGGAUUCGUUUUCGUGAAGGAGUUUAGAGUCGAUGAGGAGGAUGACUCGGCGUCGGUUCAGGAAGCUAAAAGCCUCAACGCUAUCCGUACCGCCCUCGAGAAUCUAGAGGACCAGCUCGAAUUUUUCCAUAAUAUGCAAGAACAGCAACGUGUGGAGAAAGAUGUUGCCCUUGCUCGCUUGGAGCAGAGUCGUAUUAUACUUGCAAUGAGAUUGGCUGAUCAUAGAGGUAAAAGGUACAAGUUCAUUGAAGAAGCUCAAGCUUUGGUAGCCGAUGUCCAGGGUGCCAGUCAUUUUGUUUCACCUGAAAGCCUCUUUGGCUCUCCACCCAGGUCACCGGGUGGCAAUUUCAUAGCAAAGAAAGGGAAGUGUUCAAAUAUUCUUCUUAAUGUUAUCUUCUCUAGUUUCAAUUUUGUAAAGAAGUCCCUUAGACUUGAUCAUGUGGGUGGACUUGUGGGGAAUACUGCUCUGGUUGCAUUAAGUAUGCUAGCAUUAAUGCAAAUGCAACAAGCAGGCUGCAAGCAACAACAUUAUUUGGACCGUCCACCAAGGCAAGAAGAUGCCCUCCACAAGCGACCUCUUACCAAAGUUUUUCGACCACUGGAUUCAUCAUCUAGGCGUGCAAAACAGUUGGAUGUGUUGUCUGCAAGGGGAUAGCUGAAUUGAGAAUAUAAUGAUGAUGGUAGCGAUUCCUUUUAGCUGCUGCUGCUCUUCAAGUUUUGUAAAUGCGUAGGAGAAUGCCGUGGUGUGUGACCAUUCGCAAAUGCUCGAGUGUUUUAAAUCAAGCAACAAAACUUUUCAGACCAUGUCAUCAAAAGGUGCAUUUUUGGUGUUUCAUUUGUUCAUAAAGUUACUUUCUUGUCUUAUUAGCUUCUGGAAAUGUCACGGACCGACUUAAAUGUAAAUAAAUCUAUACUACGUAGUAGUUUAUUUUGUCCCACAAUGGUACCUGUAGGAAGACAGCUAGGGAAGGGUCCAGUGAUAUCUACCCCUCUUAUUCACAUAGGUGUUAAUUUCAUUGCUGUCUCCCUACACAUAUCAGUUUCCUUAUUUGUUUAUCUCAAUUUGCGUCAAUCUCAGAUUAUAAUCUACUAUACCUGGAUAUAAUAUCUGUAAAGAAAUUGUAACUUUGGUCCCUUGACCGUUCUUUCCUUUGCAAUGUAGUCUCACAUUCAUUUGUUGCA